AUUCUUUCCAUUUUUACAUCGCUGGAGAGAUCUUUAGGUCGAUGACAACGACAGUAUGGACUCAUGCCACUCCCUCCCAGGUGUAAGAGUUAGACGGGGAGACGUAGCAGGUUUGGAGUGUAAUAAUAUUGUUUAGUAGAUCAGAGUGUGUUGAAGAAAAACCAGAUCAGUCAUGCCAUUCAAGUGGAGAUUAAAGAAGACAAGAAGCUAUGAGAUUUCUUCCAAGAACUCUUUUAUUGUUGGCGUGUACCUUCUGGAUAAUUCUUUCUUGGAAUGUACCUUGAAUUCCGAAAGCACUGGUCAGGAAUGCCUAGACAGCAUUGCCCAAAGAAUAGAACUUACAGAGACAUACUACUUUGGCCUUCGAUUUGUUACAAAGAAGCUGCAGUUUCACUGGAUUGAUUUGGAAAGGCCAUUGAAAAGACAGCUUGACAAAUAUGCUCAACCGUCAUGCCACCCACAUUGUCUAUACUUUGGUGUCAUGUUCUACGUUGCAUGUGCACAUAAAAUCAGCGAUGAAGUUGCAAGAUACCACUACUACCUGCAGCUGAAGAAUGACAUCAUCGAUGGCCGUUUACCUUGUUCAGUUGAGCAGGCGAUCAGGCUAGCAGCAUUUACUUUGCAGGUGGAAUUUGGUGAUCAUGAACAGGACAAAUAUACUGUUGAAUACUUCAAAGAUUGCCAUUUGCUUCCAAAGAAUAUGACCAAAGAUGAUGCAACUUACACAGACCUUCUUGGGGAAGUGAUGGCAGCUCAUGCAAGUCUUCAGGGUCUUCCAUCUGCUCGUGCAGAGAUUCAGUACAUCAAAGAUGUGCUUUUGAUGGAUGGCUAUGGCUGUGAUUACUAUGUGGCCAAGGAUGAAUCAAGAAAAGAUUUGUACUUGGGAACAUCCUAUGCUGGUGUCUUUGCAAGAUACCUUGAUGGACAGCCUACAGUUUAUUACAGGUGGCCUGAGAUUGCUCGCCUAACUCAAAAUAAAAAGGCUUUUGAGAUAGACACUUCAAAAAGUUCAGUGCAGUUCCAAAUGGAAGACACAGAGACAGCCAAAUAUGUAUGUCGCCUUGGACAACUGCAGCAUAAGUUUUACAAAUCCAGUCGCAGCAAUCUCAGUGGAAGCAUGGAGGAUGUGAGUCUCAUCGACACUGACAGCACGCUCUUUCAGGAUAACCAUCAAGCACAGAUAACACAGGCAGAGACAACACAAGAGCUGACUCAGUCCCAGACCUCCCUUGUCUACCAGCAAGAUCAACGCAUAACUCAAGAUGCCCCUCAGACAGUCACAACUCACGAUUACUACCGCCACUCACAGCAGAGCCUGGACAGUGCCUUGUCGGAAGUGCAGCAGCAUUUUCAGCAGCAGCAGCAGCUGCAGCACAGUCAGAGUGACAUUAUCAUCAAUGGCAGUGUCUACACAGUCAGCACUCCAUCUCAAGCAACCUCAACCACCUCAGUGCCUCAGGCUGAUCCGGUGUAUGUGAACAGGGCUGCCCUUCUACCAGCAUACAGACCAAGUCCUGACUAUGAAACUGUUAUGAGGCAGAGAAUAGCUCAUCAGGUGCAGAUUCAGGAAACUACUCAGAACCUAGGCAGCUCGCACGUCUACUCUUACUCAGAGGGAAUGUCCUACAGUCAACCUGAAAUUCAUCAGUCGGGGUUGCAGCCUGUCUAUGCAGAAGAGGGCAACUAUGUCAAUGCUGCUGCCAUACGUAGCUAUAACCACAACAUCUAUGCCAACGUGUUUCACGAUGGACAUAGCUAUUAUGCUCACCGCGGAGGUUCUGGGGCAGUUGGUGAACGCGGAAUGAACUUAGCUGUGCAUGCUACCUACAGUUCUCCUGAACUUAAUGUCCAGCCUCACCAGACAGAACAAUACCCAUCUGGCUCCAACAGUGAGACUCUUAUCAGUGCUGAAUACCACUACAGGCCACCACCUCCUUACCCUCGCACCAGCAGCAGUACCCCUGACCUAGCCAUACAGGCCAGUCUCCCUUCUGUUGUGACAAACCAACCAGAUCUUGUUGCUUCUCAACCUCUGCUCUCUGGUGAUGGUCAAACCACAGAAAGUAAUAUCGGCACAGGACAGCUACAGUAUAGCAGCAGUGUGGAACAGGUGCCUGUGACUUCCACAGAAAGCCAUAGGGAUAAUGUUGCAGAAAGUGUUGUCUCGCAUUUGAGCCAUCUUCAAGUGACUCACCCAGCUCUGGAUCAGGAGGACACUUCUAGUGAACACUCUUGUACAACAUUCCAUGCACGGGAGUCAGAUGAAAGUUCAGAUGAGGUCAGCCACAAUGCAAACUGGCAAAGUAAGGCCAAAAUCCACAUUCGGAUGCUAGAUCCCAAAGAAGCUCCACCUCAAUCAAAGACAAAAGAAGUUGCAACUUUAAGGGAGAGCUUUCGUCGGAUGAUGAUUGCAAGAUCUGGAUCAGUGCGGAGUUCUCGCAGAAGCAUGCGUGAGUCUAGUGAGGCAAAGUCUCUGACAGAUUCAGUGAAUCUCAUGACUGUCAGCGAGCAGUUGUCUGAAAGUUACACUUUUCCAGCAUCCAAAUCUGUUCCUGGAAUGUCUAUUCCACCUGAUGUUCUUAAACACAGCAGCAUUCUUGUACCUCCAGAAAACUCUCCAGAUAUGCAAGAGAUGCUGGAGAAGUUGGGAGAUCCCCCACCAUAUCCAGGUACGAGACCAGCAGAUGAGCAGGCUCUCUCAGAGCUGGUAUCGUCUUGUAAUGUACAGAAUGACCUUUCAAGAGUUGUGCCAGCCCCAAGUAUCAUGCAGAUGGUAGCAAUAGUGCCAGAGAAAUCAGGUAUAGAUUCUGGUCAAGAUGGAGAGAGACAUCAGCAAACAAAUAAAGAACCUUGCACCACCAAAUCUGUUUCAAGUGCAGCAACUGCAGAGCAUGGGAAUAAAGAAGAAGAGCAGGAGAAUGAUAAUGCUGCCGAUUCUGGCAGUGAUUCUGAUUUAGAGAGUAGUGGCACAGUUAGGGCUCUGAACAUGGGGCCUCUUAAAAUGGCUGCCAUGAAUGGCCUGACACUGUCACGUUCAAUGGUCAUGGCUCUCAUGAACGAUGACACCAGGGCACCCAAAGAUGAAAGGAGGAAGAUUCUUGAGAGCAAGAUUUCAGAAGGUCAGAUAUUUAUUGAAUUUGAAGAGAUACCAAAGAAGGCAUCAGGCCUAGAAUGUAGCAUAGCCAAAGCUCCCCAUAACCAGCCAAGAAAUCGAUUCAAAGAUGUGCUGCCUUAUGAUGCGACACGUGUCAAACUUAACCCAAGAAAAGACAACCCAGAUGGUUAUAUCAAUGCUUCUCACAUCAAGCUGUCUGCCGCCAACAAUGCGUGGUGGUUUAUUGCAACACAAGCUCCUCUUAAAGAGACUGUACUGGAUUUCUGGCAGAUGGUGUGGGAACAAGAAGUGGAUGUUAUUGCUAUGCUUACUGCAUUUGAGGAGCUUGGAAAGCAAAAGUGUUUUGUGUACUGGCCUCAAGAAACUGGUUCUCACCAUGUGCAAAAAUAUGGAGAUUUUGAAGUGGAGCUACAGUUCAUGCACGAUUCACUGUGUUACCUGACAAGUGGAAUCAUGGUGAGGCACAUGCCCAGCCGCAAGGAGAAGAUGGUGUGGCACCUACAGUACACAGACUGGCCUGACCAUGGCUGUCCAGAAGACACAUAUGGCUUUCUUGGGUUUUUGGAUGAGGUGGAUUCGGUGUCUCGGCUGGCUGAGAGUGAGGAGGGAAGUGGAAAAAAGACACCAGUUGUGAUUCACUGCAGUGCUGGCGUGGGACGCACUGGUGUGGUGGUCUUAACCAUGGUCAUGAAGUGGUGUUUGGAGCACAAUAAUAGUGUUGACCUGCCCAAGGCACUCAGUGGAAUCCGCAAUCAACGAAUGCAUAUGGUUCAGACUCUUGGCCAGUAUCAGUUUAUCCAUGACACACUCAUUCAGUAUCUUAAGAACACACGUCUUAUCUAAAGCAUUCCUUUACAGUUGCUCUAGUGUCAUUAUUUUGUUGUCAAGAAGCUCAUUGGUCAUCGAGCCUGUAGGAAUGUUUGUGAAGUAUAAAAGUCUUUCAUAUUUUUUUUCCUUAUGGCAUAUACUGUAAUUAAAUUUUCCACUUCUGUACAUUUUGAAGCAGAUUUAUAGCGUGUGAAUGGUUAGUGCAUUGCACAAUGGUGUCAGUGUGGGCCAUAGAAAAGAAUGGUGCAGCACCUAUAGCUUAGGCUCCAGCCUCAUCUUACUGACAGAAGCCAGAUGCACAUCAUGGUGGCAGGUUGUAACUCAAAGAUAAAAUGUUUUGCUGCUAUGCUUUUAUACUGCUAUGAUAUGCACCUUGUGCCUAUUGAUACAGCUGUGGAUCUGGGCCCUGGCAAGUUCCAAUGAUUGAUCCUAACAAUAUUUGAAUGCCUAAUUGUUCUUAAAUUCCAAAAGGCGCAUUAUCUUUUUGAAGACUGAUUCCCGAGACUUAUGUUUUGACUGGGUCCUGUAACCAUUUAGUUUUCUUGCAGGUGACCCUGCUCUCUGCAUUUAUUAAUUAAUUUUUUUUUUAACGAAGUCAGUGUUCUAUGCAAACAGCAUGAUAUACAUUUGUAUGCUCAACUGGUUUCUAAAAUGAUUUUGAUGGUGAUCUGAACAAACUUAAAGUUUUCUUAUUUCAUUUAUUGUAAGAACAAGUUUGCCUAUGCAAAAGUAAACUAUAGUAUUUCACAACAAUGGAGCUGUGUUCGGUAAUGUCACAGUUUGUGUGUUCUUUGAAUAUUUUAUAGUUUUAGACUAUUGGCAGAGUAUGCAUAGCUGUGAUGAUGCUUUUUAGUACAGUAAAAAGAUCUGAAUAAGGAGCAGGGUAACAACUAGGGGGAUUGAGUGUGUUCUUGAAGAAUUAGGAUUUGUGCUGUGUAGUAACUCGGAGGUUCCUGUGUGCCACAUAUCUGGUAAAAUAAGUAUUUGCAGUGCCUUCAAAAGCUGCUUGCUCAUUGUAGGUUAGCUGGUUGGCAUUUUGAGAAAUAAUGUGAUAACAAUAGAGAGGUAACAUAAUUUUAACAUUUUCAUAAUUUAACUAAAGAAGCAGUGAUUUGAUUAAACAUGUUUGGAUAUUAAGAGUAGCUUUUGUGGUGUAAAUUUUCUUUCAAUGAUACUACAAAAGCAUUGGUGAUUUACAAAAAGACCAUAAUGUUGUGAUCCACUGAAAGAGAUAAAUGUAUAAAAACUGUUCUGUAGACAUUUAGAAAAUGUUAAUCUUAUUCAUUGAAGUUAUGCUCAGCAUGUUUUUAUUAUGUUAAUCAGUACUUAGUUAAAUUGUCAAUAUAAAGUAACCCUAUGUUGAAUAUUUAUGAAAAACCUAAAGAAUUUUUACUUUGAUUCCAUGAACAUUCAGAUUCAUCUUUUAAGUUUCCUUUCGUGUGAUCUGUGGACUUUUGAUACCUCAUAGGAAAUCAAAUUAGGUGUAGUUUUAAAGAAGUUAUUGCUGUAGUUUAAAUCUAGUUUGUCUAUUUUAACUCUUAAAAAAUACCUGUCACUGCAACAUGCAUUACAACUCCCAACUAUUGGAGAGGUGACUUUUUUAAAACUGAGGUGUUUGCCACAUCAUGAAUAUACUCUUAACUGACAUUAAUGUGAUUAUGUACAAUAGGAAUAUGUGCACAUACUUUUGAAAUACUCAGGCAAUGAAACGUGAUGAUAAUGUAUAGAGAAAAAUAAAAAAACAAUUUUCUAUAAACGGACAUGUACAUGCUAGUCUUGUUUCUUAAUGUGAUUUUUUUUCUGUUGUAUUUUUUUUUUUGAGGAGUAAUGUCAUGUUUUAGUGAUACGAUUAUUGUGGGGAAAUCAGUAUGAGUUUGUUUUGAUGAACACCAAAGAUGUGUAAUUGUGUACACAACUUUUUUUUUUCCCACUGAAAGACUUGAGGGUUGAUAUAUCUAGUCAAGACAGUUUUCUCUGGGAGAUUUGUUUACGUCAGCUUAUUUCACAGUUUUCAUGCUUUGUGAUUUUUAAAAAUCUUGCUUUCAGAUUUGUGUUCAUGCUAUAUUUUUUUUAUACGAAAGUAAUUUGUGCCUGCAGAGGGUGGAGCAAGAGAUUAAAAAACAGUUUUCUGUCCAUUGUCAGCAGGGGCAAUUAUUUUAUCUUCUUCCUAGCCAAGAUUUUGGUUCUGGCUCUUAAUAGUUUCACAAUUUUUUCAAAAGAAUAUCAAUGUCCUCUAUAUUCUAUAUUGUUAAAAUUCUUCAUAAAAUAAAUAGUCCUGGAAAGGAACAGGGGAAACGAUAAGGAUGGCUAUCAUGAUACAAUAAUCCACUUCAAACGCAUGACUCUUCGGCAACAUUUGUAUCAAGACAAAUUACCAGAUGUUAAGAACUUCACUAAAUCCUAAGGUCUGAUGAUCAUGUACAUUUUAAAUAGCUGUAUUGCAUGCUGGUUUGUAUUUGGUGAUACUGCUUGACUGACAAGCAGGCAUGGAUUGUGCUUUUGCCGUACCUUGUACAUAAGUGUAGCAAGUGGGAGAUGCCAGAGGCAAUGUUGUAUUGAUAAAAGGUAGAUGAUGAUAUGUUAAUAUUUGUAGAAGGAAUAGGUUCACUGCUUCAUAUUAUCUUGAUAUUGUUCUGCAGGAAGAUUUUAUUACAGGUUCUGCUAUUAGCCAUUUAAUGUUGCCUUAUUGUGUGCUGUAAAUUUUUUAAGCUUGCACUUAAUGUUUUCAUGAAAGCUUGAAGAAACUUAUGAGAAUUAUAUUCCUUGAUAAGCAUACCAUAUGCAAAUCUUGUUUGUCUGCUUUUUGCAGUUCAUGAUAAAAGUCUAAAUGAUCUAGAGAAGCCAAAAACAAGCAAACAAAAUAUCCAACAAAUAGUAUUGUCUAAAAGCUGGCCAAAACAACCUAGUAUUAUAAUGGACUAGUUGUCAUUUGGUGCUAAGCUGCAACUUAUUUCUGACAUUUUUCUCAGUCCCAGUCCAUCACAAAGUAUGUCUAUUCAUAGUGAAGUCCCAGUUGUGCAGCUGAUUUGUUUUUUUGUCGCAUGCAUGCAGUUGUGUGCCUAAAGUGAACCAGAAAGGAAGGGAAGAGAGAGAGAGUGCUGGUCCCUGUUCAUGUUGGCUGCUCAUUUGUUUCAUUUUCAUCGUCUGAAGUAUUCAUGUUGCAAUUUAUUUUCAAUUAUAACCAGGCAAAUAGUUUGCAAAUUCUUGUCCUGAAGCUGUACAGAAAUCGUUAAUUUCUGAGGAAAGAAGCUUUUUUGUUUUUAUGGACUAAUGUUGUGUUCAAAUUGUAUUUCAUUAUCAGAUUAAUUAGAAUAAAACAAUUGCAAGCUGUGCAACAAAACCAAUUAUAACUGCAGCAGGCAGUAAGCUUCCCUCAGGUACAUUUACGUGACAUCUUGGACUAGUGUUUUAAACUGUAGGGUCUCACCAUAUUGUUGUCUUCUCACACUUAUAUGACUGCAAGGGUCUUAGUAACUGAAGCAGUCACACAAAAAAAAAAUCUUGUUGCAUAUGUUGCAACAGGCCUUCAUAUACAGUUGAGUGCUAUAUUUAUCUCAUGAUGGCAGCUACUAUUCUUUCUCCACUGGAUUCAGCUCACUUACCAAUGCGAGGACAUUUUCCUGGAUAAUCUAUAACCUUUAUUCAUUGCAUGUAAGUUAUUUUUGUAACUUUCACAAAGAUAAAUGGUUCAUGUGAACUUUGGGUUUGAGUGGUGUGCUUUGCUUAAUCUAUUUCUGUACCCCAGAUCAGAGUUACAUUUCUUUAAUUCGUCUGUUUUAUCAUUGAAAGACAAUUUUAAAUUGCAAGUGCUUGUAUUUAGUUCAUAGUAUAUGUAGAUCUCAUUAUGUCUUGUUUAUCAUGUUUCCAAAACCUGUGGUAUUAAAUGGUGGUAUUAAGAAG